AUUCUUUUUCCGGAAUUAAAAAAAACCACAUUUUGUUCUAGAGAGAGAGAAAAUCUUGGUUGAGAAGGAAGGAAAGAAGAGGUGUUGGUUUGUUUGAAUUGUGGCGACUGAUCACAUUGAAGAAGGAGAGGCGCGCAACGGCCGUCUCAAGGUGUUUUUGUCGUCGUUUUGGGCAAGUAUUGGUGGCGUUUUUGGUGGCUAUACCGACGAUCAUUUUGAUUCAGACAUGGCUUCCAGAGCUCUUGUUCCCGACCACCAACCCAGAGUUGGAGUAGUGAAGCAGAAGAAUGUGCAGCAGCAGCAAGUGGAAGGUAGAAAUCGGCGAGUUCUUGGAGAUAUCGGAAACCUCGUACCCGUUGAAGGGAAACAGCCCCAAAUUCAGAUCACUCGUCCUGUAACAAGGAGUUUUGGGGCUCAACUAUUGGCCAAUGCCCAAGCAGCAGCAGAGAAGAACUACUGCAAGAAGCCACUGGCAGAAAAUGUGAACCACUUAGUGAGAAAAGACAAUGCUGCUGCAAAAGCCAAACCGAUGCCUAAGAAGGAAUCUCUCGUCGCUAAGCCGAAAAACGAAGCGUUGGUUGUCGUUAGCACCGGCGAAGAAGAAAGAAAGCACAAGAGUGGAAGAAAGAAGUCCGGCAAAACCCUCACUGCCACCCUUACUGCUCGAAGCAAGGCUGCUUGUGGACUAGCCAAGAAGCCAAAGGCUCCAACGGUGGACAUCGAUUCAGCGGAUGCAGACAAUGAAUUGGCUGCAGUGGAGUAUGUUGAGGAUAUGUACAAUUUCUAUAAGCUGACAGAGGAAGAUGGGAGAGUCCAUGACUACAUUGAUUCACAGCCAGAAAUCAACUCCAAAAUGAGAGCAAUUCUAGUGGACUGGCUAAUCGAAGUCCACAAGAAAUUCGAACUGAUGCCCGAAAGUCUGUACCUCACAGUCAACAUAGUUGACCGAUUUCUUUCGAUCAAGACUGUUCCGAGAAGGGAACUUCAGUUGGUCGGGCUUAGCUCAAUGCUCAUUGCUUGCAAGUACGAGGAGAUUUGGGCACCGGAGGUCAGCGAUUUCAUCGCCAUAUCAGACAAUGCUUAUGUAAGAGAGCAAGUGCUUCUCAUGGAGAAAGCAAUUCUUGGAAAGCUCGAGUGGUACUUAACAGUUCCGACUCCUUACGUAUUUCUGAUUCGAUACAUUAAAGCUUCUGUUCCAGCUGAUAAGGAGAUGGAAAACAUGACGUAUUUCUUUGCUGAGCUUGGUUUGACAAAUUACUCGACAAUCGUAAACUACAGCCCUUCGAAGCUUUCAGCUUCUGCAGUAUACGCUGCUCGUUGCACUCUUCGUAGGAGCCCUUCUUGGACAGAUACUCUUGAGCAUCAUACUGGAUAUUCCGAGGAUCAAUUGAUGGAGUGUUCGAAGCUGUUGGUUAGUUUCCACUCAGGAGCAGCAGAAAACAAGCUGAAGGCAGUCUGCAGAAAAUACUCGAAUCCCGAAAGAAACGCCGUCUCUCUGUUUCCACCUGCUAAAACUCUUCUCUGAAGUUGUUAGAAUAGAAGUAGUAGUUGUUUUCAGUUUGUGAUCAUUUUGCUGUCAUGAUCUGUUUCGAUUUGUUCGUUUUUUUCCGUGUCGAUUUACUCCUAGUAAAAUCAUUAUGUAAGAAGAGCGACAACAUCAUUUUGUUGUUCGACAUAAGUUUUUUAAAGUAAUAACAGUUUCUUUUAUU